AGUCAGUCUUAAGAAUCUAACGCCGGUAUAAGAUACGAAUGGUGGGUAGGGCUUGGUGGCUGCCUAAAUGGGGAGUUGAAAUGUACUUGUAAUUCAGCAGUCCGAAAUAUGUCACUGGUAAUCCUGUGGAUUGUCCAGAUUCCGAGUCUCAAAGGAGAAGGCAAAGACAAUUUUGAGUGAUCCAUUGAACUCGAUCUUAUGGGUUUGGGCAAAGUGAGAACAAACCAAGUUGUUGGUAUAACCGCAAGUAGACUUUGACUUCGGGCAGCUGAUCUAUAUAGGACCACCACAUGACACGUUUGGUCCCUUGUAUAAAACUAGCCAACGUACCUCAAAAUGUGAAACUAGAGUCGAGCGUCGAUGUGUAUUCAGAGCCAGCUGGGAGGCAGCACUGCUGUUUGCUUGGGAUCCAGACCCGGGAUCGAAGAUGUAACGUCCGUCGAGGAAACGUAGGAGUUGCCCGAACAGAGGUGACAGCGCCGCGUCAAGAAUGCCAAAGGAGGGAGUUAUUUCUAAAGGAGUGGAAGGGUGAAGGGGACAAGCUACGACUCGGGGCAGGUUUCGCCGUGAAGUUAGAGACGUGGGCGUGUAAGAUGGUAAAGGAGUGGACUGAAGUUAAAAACUUCAAAAAGGAAGCGAGGCGAAGAAAAGCCGGGCAGGCUGGGAGAAGUCGACCGCGACGCUGCAAUCCCAAGAAAAGAGGUGAUGGUGUGAAGUUAAAAAGAAGGGAAAGGGACGAUGAACAAGGCAGUUUGUUCUUGCCUGGCAGCCCGGGGCAGGUGGGUCUCAAUCUGAAGCAGGGAGAGAGAGUGAGCUAACAUCCCAGCAACACUGGGCUUUUCCUGGCCAAGCAGCCCCUUCAUCAAUGCUUGGCCUCAUAAUCGCCACAAUGGAAUUGGCACAGGGCGUAAAAUGAGCAAGGGGGCGAGAAUCCUCAGCAAUGCAAUCAACGAGGCGUCAGCGCAUUUUCGCGCCCCCCGCCGUUGGUCACAGGAGACC